AUGCCAUUGUUACAGAGAGCAGCGGCCAAUUCAUCCACUGCUCUCUUGACGUGUCGGACAGCCAAAACCUACAACCUAUCUCGCGGGCGACUCUCAUUCCCUCGUCAAUUCUACCGACCGUUGACGGUAAAGUCAGUGACCGACGAUGAUAUACGAGAGUUGGCUGCGAAGCCUCUCCAUCCACUCACAUUGGGCGACCUGGUGAAACACGGCCGGCCACCCCUCUCCGCUCAGGCCCUAUACAAAUCAGCAAACUUCACAUUAUCAAUCCUCCCGACUCGCCUUGCGCACCGUAUCCAAUCCCUCCGUAACCUGCCCUAUAUAGUGGUCUCAAACCCUCAUGUCUCCAAGAUCCACAACAACUACAUACACUCACUAUCAACCCUCCUGCCAUGGGCGGAGAAGGAAAUAAAGACCCUGGAGGACGAGGUCAAGUUCACCGAGGUCAUGGCAGAUCUCGUGCACACGCAUGGGAACACUAUCUCCAUACUCGCCCGUGGCUUCCUCGAGGCUCGCAAAUACAUCUCACCAAAGGAGGUGACACGCUUCCUGGACGAGCACCUACGAGCCCGAAUCGGGACCCGUCUGAUCGCUGAGCAGCACAUCGCCUUACACUUCUCUUCCAAGCCGCACCGUGAGCUGAAUGACAAGGACUCGAAAAACGGACACGGCGGCCAGAACAACGAUAACGAACCGAGCAGUAGCUACAUCGGGGUAAUCGACACCGAACUGCGUCCUGCGAGCAUAGUCCGCCACUGCGAGUCCAUGGUCGGCGAUAUCUGCGAGCUCAAAUACGGCGUCCGGCCCACCGUCGUCAUCAACGGAGAGCCCGACUACCGCUUUGCGCACAUCCCAACGCAUCUCGAAUACAUCGUCACCGAGCUUCUCAAGAACGCAUUCCGAGCAACCAUCGAGCGAGGCAUGGAGCGCGAGCCCAUCGAAGUGACCAUUGCACCGUUGCCCAAAGACCCUAGCGUGAACGAGGGCGACAAAGGCAUCAGGAACCUCGACCAAGGCAACCUGGACGAAGCGAGUAAAACCAUUGGCGGCACCAACGUCAUCGAAGGCAACUAUCCCAGCCCCUCUGCACACAUCCGCCCCCUAGAAGAGUCCACACCAGGCGUGACCAUCCGCAUUCGCGACCGUGGCGGUGGUAUCUCGCCCGAGAACUACGCCCGCAUCUGGGAAUACAGCUUCACCACUUUUAGCGAGGAUCAGAUCAAUUCCACCCUCUCGGACGGCUCGCCAUCUGAGGGCAACGGCAUGGAUGCGUUCAACGCUAUAACUAACUCACAAGGCGGAAGUUCCCUGGCCGGGCUGGGGUAUGGAUUGCCGCUUGGAAGAGCUUACGCCGAGUACUUCGGCGGCGGCAUUGCGGUGCAGAGUCUUUGGGGCUGGGGCACGGAUGUAUAUCUCAGCCUGAGAGGCGUUGGGAAGAUCGGAUGA